UAACCGUAUUUAGAUUGAUUUUGUUUUUUGUUAGAAUUAAUUUUAUAAUUUUGGAUUUGACUUAUUUUUUAGAAUUUAAUUUGGUUAUGAUUAAUUCUUCGUCGUUUGUAAUGACUUUUAUUUUUGAUUGAAUGUCUCUUUUGUUUAUGAGUUUUGUAUUGUUUAUUUCUGGUAUGGUUAUUUAUUAUAUUCGUGAGUAUAUAAGAGGAGAUUUAUAUUUAAAUCGUUUUAUUUUACUUGUAGUUAUAUUUGUAGUUUCAAUAAUGUUGCUUAUUAUUAGUCCUAAAAAUUUAAUUAGAAUUUUAUUGGGCUGGGAUGGCCUAGGUUUGGUUUCUUAUUGUUUAGUUAUUUAUUAUCAAAAUGUAAAAUCAUAUAAUGCCGGUAUGUUAACUGCUUUAAGAAAUCGAAUUGGUGAUGUUGCUUUAUUAAUGGCCAUUGCCUGAAUAUUAAAUUAUGGUAGAUGAAAUUAUGUUUUUUACUUAGAAGAAUUGAAGGGUAGUUUUUAUAUAUCUAUAAUUUCUUAUUUGGUUUUGUUGGCUGCUAUAACUAAGAGAGCUCAGAUUCCAUUUUCUUCUUGGUUACCUGCAGCUAUGGCUGCUGCUACUACUGUUUCUUCUUUGGUUCAUUCUUCUACACUGGUAACUGCGGGUGUGUAUUUGUUGAUUCGUUUUAAUUUUGCUUUUAGAAGUUAUUUGAUGUAUUUAUUGCUUUUUAUUGCUAUGAUGACGAUGUUUAUAUCUGGGAUUGGGGCUAGAUUUGAAUUUGAUUUAAAAACAAUUAUUGCUUUAUCAACUUUAAGUCAGUUAGGAUUAAUAAUGAGUAUUUUGGCGUUGGGUAGAUAUAAGUUGGCUUUUUUUCACUUGCUUACUCAUGCUUUAUUUAAAGCUUUAUUGUUUAUGUGUGCUGGUAAUGUUAUUCAUAAUUUAGGUAAUUGUCAAGAUAUUCGUUUUAUGGGCGGGUUAGUAAAAUUUAUGCCUCUUACUUGUGUGUAUUUUAAUAUUUGUAGUUUAUCUUUAUGUGGUUUACCCUUUUUGAGAGGAUUUUACUCUAAGGAUUUAAUUUUGGAGGUAAUGUCAAUAGGGUAUUUAAAUUUGUUUGUUUAUUUAAUUUUUUAUUUAUCUAUUGGGUUUACAGUUUGUUAUAGAGCUCGUCUUGUUUAUUAUAGAUGGGUAGGUAAUUGAAAUUUUUUUUCUUUAGGAAGAGUUUCUGAUAGAGGGGUUAUUAUACUUAGGUAAGGGAAUAAGAGGUUUAAUUUUACUUGUUGUUUUUAUGGGUAGAUUGUUGGGGUGAAUUAUGUUUCCUUUUCCUUAUGUUAUUAUUUUACUUUUCUAUAUAAAGUUAAUGGCUUUAAUUAUGGUUUUUUUAGGAGCUUGAAUUGGAUAUGAAAUGUCAAAGUUUAAUUUAAGUUAUAAAAAUAUUUUUGCGGAUAACUAUGGUGUUUCUUGAUUUUUAUCAGGUAUGUGAAAUAUGCCAGUAAUUUCUACUUUUGGAGUUAAUUAUUACCCUGUUGUAGGAGGUUCUGUUCUUUAUAAGACAUUUGAUCAGGGUUGAACUGAAUAUUUUGGUGCUCAAAAAAUUUAUGGUCUAUUAGUGAGGGGAUCUUCAUUUGUUCAAAUUUUAAUGUAUAAUAGAAUUAAAAUUUUCUUUGUUUUGAUGUUGUUUUGAGUUAUAUUAUUACU